AUGGCUAAAGGAAGACUGGAGAGUCUUUUAAACAGACUCAAGAAAACGCCAGCGCUUCUAUCUGCUUACCACCAGGAGAUCGAACAACUUAGAGUCCAAAACUUCGUAGAAAAGGCAGACCUAAACUACGAUGGACUCCACACUUAUCUGCCACAUCAUCCUGUCAUUCGACAGGACAAAACUACCACAAAGAUCCGACCGGUCUUUGACGGAGCGGCUAAGUCCAAAUUUGGACCAAGCCUCAACGACGUCCUAGAAACCGGUCCAAACCUGAAUCCUGACCUGCUAGCCGUUCUAAUGCGAUUCCGAUUAAAUCGGAUCGCAUGGAUAGCAGAUAUCGAAAAAGCUUUUUUAAACAUCACCCUUCAUCCUGAAGACUCAGAAGCAGUACGAUUUCUGUGGGUAACGGAGCCAGAAACACCUGGCUCCCCUUUAGUCGCUUACAAAUGGAAACGAGUUCCAUUUGGACUCAGUUCCAGCCCAUUCUUGCUUAGAGUUACCCUCAACAAGCAUUUGGAUGGAAUGGAGCCGCUGUACUCUACUACAGUUAAACAACUAAAAGAACAAAUUUACGUCAACGACUACCUAGGUGGCGCCGACAGCAUCCCCACAGCAAAAAACAGGAUUCAGGAAACAAAGGCCAUCUUCCAGGAGGCCAAACUCAACAUGCGAAGCUGGGUGACAAACGACAAACCACUUCGCAAAUUUCUCAGUGAGAAGGGGCUUAUCAACCCCAUUGUAAAAAUCUUCACUCAGAAACUGGAAGAGGGCCAACCAAAGGUCCUAGGCAUUCGGUGGGACACCGAAUCCGACACGUUCCAAUUCGACCCCGCGCCUAUCAUUGAAGCCGCUACAGAAUUGGGGGACCGAGUAACAAAAAGAAAUAUCCUACGGAUAUCUGCAAGAGUGUUUGAUCCCAUUGGGUUCUUAGCACCCACUACACUCCUGCUAAAAAUCAUCUACCAGAAGCUUUGGGAAGCGGAAAUUGACUGGGACGUCGAAGCGCCGCCGGAAAUAAAACAAACAUGGAUAGCUGCAAUGACUGGGUUGAACGAGUUUGCCAAAUUGAAAAUCCCUCGCUGGAUAGGCUACUCAAAAAGGGUCAUACAAUCAGCAGAAAUUCACGUCUUCGGCGAUGCGUCUGAGGCAGCGUAUGGAGCCGUUGCUUACGCAAGGCUCCAAACCAAAAACAACGAAACCAGUAUCCACUUUCUCGCCAGUAAAACAAAAGUGGCACCUCUCCCAAAGAAAAAAGUUACCCUACCACGACUGGAGUUAUUGAGCUCGCUUUUAGCCGCACGGCUAGGAGAAAAACUGAAAAAUUUUCUCCACAUAGAGUCUUGGCGAACCAUAUUUUGGGCAGACUCUUUGGUAGCACUUGGGUGGCUCAGAGGAGAUCCUAACAGAUGGAAACCAUUUGUUAGGAACCAAGUGGAAGCUAUCAGGAAGCUGUCUGGAGUAAGUUGGUGGCGGCACUGCCCGGGCAUACACAAUCCUGCGGAUCUUGCCUCGCGGGGAGCGCCAGCGUCAGCGCUGGUACACUCCGAGCUAUGGUGGAAUGGUCCACCAUGGCUAAAGGACGAAACAGAAUGGCCGGAUUCAACACCCGAAGCAGGGGAGACGAGCAUCUACGAAAAGAUCGAAGCGGAAGCCAAAGGAAAAACCGUCAUCAUGUCGGUGGUUACCGUGGAACCAGCUACCCCAAUGGAAUGGCAGCUGGAACGAAUUCCAUCAUGGAAUCGCCUACUUCGACGAACCGCCUGGAUGCUUAGGUUCAUCUCCAAGAAUCGCCCCACCAACAGAACGCAGAUACAAACUCCAAUCAAGAUAGGAGACGAAAAAGAAAUACUGGUAGACCAUCUUACAGUAGAGGAACUGACGAAGGCGGAGCUACUUAUCUACAGGCAGCUCCAAAAAGAAGCAUUUCCAAAGACGUUUCAAGACCUACAAGAGGGAAGGCAACCACACCACAAGGAGAAAAUUGCCAAACUCCGACCCGUGUGGGAUGAAAGAGACAAGGUGAUCAGAGUGACCGGAAGGGUUGAGUUGGCACUAAGAGACAGGGACAUUGAACCUGCCAUACUGCUGCCCACUCACCACCCAGUUGUCAAAUUGUUCAUCGCGGACAGGCACGUCUCACUUAAACACGCCGGAGUGAAAACUACCCUCUCCGAUUUAAGAGAACAUUUUUGGAUUAUUAAAGGACGUCAGCAGACUAAGUCAGUUUGGCAUGCCUGCGUCAAAUGCCAACGGCUAACUUCACCGCCAUUCACAGAAGUAGCUGCACCUCUACCACUGAAUCGCUUGAAACAAGCGAAAGCCUUCGAAAUCACGGGUGUGGAUUUCGCAGGGCCAUUGUAUUACAAACACCCAAUAUCACGUAAGAAACGCAAGCAAGCGGAACUUACGACCUCCGUGGAUCCCCCACAAACGGAUGAUCCAAGUAUGGAGACUCCAGCAGAGCCUCCAGCCAUGGAACAAACGGAGGAAAAAGAAAACCUCCAACCGGACGACUCAGGCAAGAUGAAAAAGGGUACAAUCAAGCAACCCAAAAGUUAUGCAUGCUUAUUCACCUGUGCGGUGACUAGGGCCGUCCACCUGGAGUUAACUAAAACCAUGUCAGCACGUGACUUUCUCCUAGCUUUCCGAAGAUUUUCGGCUAGGAGAGGUAACGUAUCUGUCAUGUAUUCGGACAACGCACAAACCUUUAGGUGCGUUUCCAAACACUUAAAGGUCUUGAGAUCUGAUCCAGCUAUCCAUGACCUCUUAGCCAUGCGAAAAACCGAGUGGAUCUUCUCCGCCAGCCUAGCCCCAUGGUGGGGAGGCAUUUGGGAACGCAUGGUUAGGACAAUGAAAGACCUACUACGGCGUUCCAAUGACCGUGCGUGUAUAGAAUACGACGAGUUGGAAGUCAGUUUGAUCGACACAGAAAGCGUAGUGAACGCAAGGCCACUCACUUAUGUGGCAGAGGGGAAUGAUGAUCCACUUCCCAUCACUCCAAAUCAAUUUCUGAACAACAGACGAUCUAAUUGCACUCCGCCGGAGCCAGCAAUUAACCUACUGACUCCCGACCCAACCAACGCACGACUCAUCGAGAUGGACCGUCUACGCAGAGACUACGUCAAGGACACUUGCGAGCGAUUCGUGAAUGACUACUUGCUCCAAGUAGACAAUUUUCACUGCAAAGGAGGGCCUGGACGCAAGAUCCGAGUAGGCGAAGUUAGACGAGCGAAGUUAGACUUAUGUGGACAGUCGGUGUAG